AUGUCUGGGUUCGCCGAUUUCGACGCCGGCCAUCGUGACUUGGUUUCGGUCACCAAGUUCAACUUCUAUGGCAAUCGCAUUGUGACGGCAUCCUCGGACCAUCGCAUGAAAGUUUGGGACCAAAAGGAUGGCGAGUGGCAGCUCACCGACACCUGGCGUGCUCAUGAUGCCGAGAUCCGGGAUGCAACGUGGAACGGGCCGUUCACUGGCCAGCAUAUCGGAAGUGUAGGCGAAGAUAUGAAAUGCAAGAUCUGGCAAGAAGAUGUCACCCAGCCGCCCAAUUCGGGUCGCCGCUUCAGGGCGGUCUUUCGGAUGACGGCGCCGCAGCGACAUCCGUUUGUCUCAAUUGACUUCCGUAACAUUGAUCUCGAGUCGUACUUUGCUGUGAUCACACGAGAUGGCUACCUGAUGGUUAUGGAACCCGUGACUCCAGACACUCUUACCGACUGGCAGCCUCUAGACCAAUUUCGCGUGUGUACUGCACCCGAGCGAGGCGAAGAAACCAGCUUUAGGGUCCAAUUCCAUCAGGAUCCUACAGACAUCACGCACUCCGUCUUACCUUCUUGGGAUCGCAAAAGCCUUUCACUGGUGGUGGCAGCCAUGGACAGCGUCAAAAUAUAUCGCACCGACGCAAAUCGUCGCUUCUAUCAUGCCAUCGAAUUGUCCGGCCAUGGAGGGCUGGUUCGAGAUAUAUCUUGGGCCAAUGGCUCCGUUCGAGGGUACGAUCUCAUUGCAAGUGGGUGCAAGGAUGGAUUCGUUCGGAUUUUCGAAGUGUAUACUACAUUAUCCAACCAUGGGACCCAGAACUCCAAUGGGGACCAUGUCGAACCCAUCCAUCAAACAUCGACCCGUGCAACGACGCAGUCAGGAAUUGGCUCCGCUCUUGCAAACCGCACACCUGCGUCGAUAUCGAGUCGCGCAGCAACCGACGACAACCAGUUCAAACAUUCGUACAAAGAAGUUGCGUGUCUCGACAGCAAGCAUCUUGAUGUGUGGCAAGUGGGGUUUUCAUAUGCCGGCGACUGUUUGAUUUCAUCUGGCGAUGACGGCAUCGUCAGAUUCUGGAAGAAAUCGCUAUCUGGUGAAUGGCUUGAAUAUGCGGAAACCGACAUGACGUAUCAAUGA